GCUGGUUGGCAUCAAGUGAUCAUGACCUCGAAGGGUAAGAAAGGCAAGAAAGGUGGUGCCAAGCAGCAGUCGGACGAGCCUCUGCCACUGCACCCUUUGAGACUGGAAGUGGGUCGUCUGCACCAUGGCACUGCUGAUCCCCGCGCAGCCCAAGUCAUUUCACGCAUCAACAUGCGCGUCCAGGACAUGAAGCCACGAGGGUUGAGCUCUGGUGACCUUGUAGUUGUAUCCGCCGAGACUGUUCCACCAACUCCUGUCAUGUGUGGCACUGUGUGGCCUUCCGACAAGACGAAACCAGGUAUGGUGGUCCUGGGCUCAGUCUGGAAAGAAGUGGCUGAAAGAGCGCAGUCCCAGUCGGUGACGGUGUCGACGCUGUCGUCUGCCGCCUUGACGCGUGCAGUCGCCAGCAAUGUGACAUUGCAGUCACUGGCAACAGUCCCCAUAUCCGAAAAGGAGCAGUCGCUCUUGGGACAGUACGUUGCAUGCAUGAUGAAUGGCAUGUACGUGCUGGACCAGGCCAUCCUCGUGCUACCCGUGCACGGCGUGAGUCGCCGAUUUCAAGUGACCCAGUGCUCCACCAAAUCCAACGCCACGGCUUCCUCGCCCUUCGCCAUCUACUCUGUCGAGUCAUUCACAUCCAUUCAAGUGCAAUGGACACCUUCGUCUCCAACAGUGGCCACCACCGCGCGCCAAUCGACGCCCGCGUUUCACGCUAUUGGCGGGUUGCAAACUCAAAUUGAAGCAGUUCGACAGCUCAUCGAACAACCUUUGAUCAACCCGUCGUUGUUUGCAUCCUUUGGCCUGCCUCCACCCAAAGGCGUACUGCUUUAUGGCCCCCCAGGCACUGGCAAAACGCUCAUCGCACGCGCAGUGGCGGCCGCCGCCCGCGCCGCGGUCUUCACCAUCAACGGACCUGAGCUUCUGAGUAAAUUCGUGGGCGAAAGCGAGGCCAACAUUCGCGCCGUGUUCGCCGCUGCCGCCGCCCAAAGCCCGGCCCUGGUCUUCAUCGACGAAAUCGACUCGCUGUGUCCGAAACGAGACAGUCAUGUCGGGGACAUGGAAAAACGGGUGGUCGCCACGCUCCUGACGUGCAUGGACGGCUUGAACGCCUCCGCCGGCGUGGUCGUGCUGGCCGCAACCAACCGACCGAAUGCGCUGGAUCCGGCGCUGCGCCGCCCGGGCCGGCUGGACCGGGAGAUUGAGAUCCCAAUCCCCAGCGCCCAAGAUCGCCUCGCGAUUCUCAAGGUCACGCUGGCCAAGAUUCCGCACGCUUUGGCGCCGAGUCUUAUGGACACCAUCGCGAGCCAAUUGCACGGAUACGUCGGGGCCGACAUCAGUGCGCUGUGCAAAGAAGCAGCGCUUCUCGCCCUCCAACGGAAUCGACACGAAAUGCAAGUGACGGAAGCUGACGUGAAAGCAGCGACGAAACUCGUGUCCCCGAGCGCACUUCGUGAGAUCUCGCUUGACAUUCCCCGCGUGCUGUGGAGUGAAAUUGGAGGCCAGGGGCUGAUCAAGCAGCAGCUCAAGGAAGCCGUGGAGUGGCCGCUCAAGCACCCCGACGCGUUUGUGCGCAUGGGCAUUCGUCCCCCCAAGGGCAUUCUGCUGUACGGCCCGCCCGGAUGCUCCAAGACUCUGACGGCCAAAGCACUGGCCACGGAGGGCGGCAUGAACUUCAUUGCCAUCAAGGGCCCUGAGCUGUACUCGAAAUGGGUCGGCGAGUCGGAAAAGGCGAUCCAGUCCAUCUUCCGCAAAGCCAAAGCAGCUGCACCGAGCGUCGUGUUCUUCGACGAGAUUGACGCCGUCGCGAGUUCGCGGGGCAGCGGGAGUUCGGGGGUUGCAGACCGAGUGCUGAGCCAACUGUUAAACGAACUCGACGGCAUCGAGCCAUUGAAACAAGUGAUUUUAGUCGCCGCGACCAAUCGCCCGGACCUCAUCGACAGUGCCCUCAUGCGUCCUGGUCGGAUAGAUCGCGUGUUGUACGUGGGACCUCCGGAUCAAGUGGCUCGCGCCGAGAUCCUGCGCAUCCACACGCGGAAGAUGCCUCUCGCAUCGGAUGUGUCGAUGGAAGAGCUGGCGCAAAAGACACCGAGGUAUUCCGGCGCAGAAUUGGCGUCGCUUUGCCGAGAAGCGGCGCUCUGUGCCAUGCAAGAAGAUGUCCAAGCGCUGAACAUUGCAAAGCGACACUUUGACCUGGCGCUGGCUCAGAUCGUGCCUCAAAUUAACGACGCAAUGCUCGGGUUUUUCGAUGCGUACCGGGAAUCCCAUGCCGGAGCGUGAAGGACAUUAUUCUAACGUUAGCACGAAAUCAACUUACUUCUUGCCAUGUUGGCGUUAUAUUGACCACCCAAAUGAAAAGCCAAAGAUUUGGUGGUGUCCAGGGAAUAGCUUCUUGGCUCGCAGCACGC